CACGUUUCGGUCGAGAGGGGCGAGGGGAAGGUGGGUGAUGCGCGGCCACCGUCGCGAGCGGCGCAGCUCUUGGCCGUAGAGCCAAGGGAGGACGCGGGCGCGGGGGCGAGGUGGGCGCGGGGACCGGCGGGAGCCGCUCGGUGGCGCUCUACUUGUGGAAUGUGGGUACUCCUUCGAGGUGGGUACCCCCUCCGUAUCCUGCUGCCCCUGCGUGGGGAGUGGAUGGGUCGCAGGGGCCUACCCAGAAGCCUGGUCCCUGGCCCUCCUCGAAGACGGUACAGGAAAGAAGCUCUCCCAGCCUUGGAGGUACCAGUGUUGCCUGUAACUGCAACUGAAAUCCGCCAGUAUUUGCGGGCACAUGGGAUCCCCUUCCAAGAUGGCCACAGCUGCCUGCGGGCACCCAGCCCCUUUGUGAAAGCCUUGCCGCUUAAGGACCAGAAUGGUGCCACUGCUGCCUUCAGCCUCUUCAUUGACAAGACCACAGGUCGCUUUCUCUGCAUGACCAGCCUAGCAGAGGGAAGCUGGGAAGACUUCCAGGCGAGUGUGGAGGGACGAGGAGAUGGAGCCAGAGAGGGGAUCUUGCUCAGUGAGGCCCCAGAAGCGGAGGACAGUGAGGAGGUCCGGAGGAUCUGGGACCGAGCUGUACCUCUCUGGGAGCUGCCUGAGCCCGAGGAGGCCCAGCUGGCUCGGAUAAUGUUUGGCCUUACCAAAGUGACGGACGACACGCUCAGGCGUUUCAAUGUGCGGUAUUUGCGGCCUGCUCGCAGCCUCAUCUUCCCUUGGCUCUCCCCUGGAGGUUUGGGAUUACGAGGCCUGAAGCUGCUAGGGGCUGAAGGCCAGGGAGAUGGAGUGCACUACAAGGAAACCACCAUUCCCCGGCCUGGUGUCUACCACAAUCUGUUUGGGUUACCACUAAUCAGUCGUCGAGAUGUUGAGGUGGUACUAACGAGUCGUGAGCUGGAUAGCCUGGCCUUGAGCCAAUCCACAGGGCUGCCCACUCUUGCCCUCCCCCGCGGAGCAGCCUGCUUACCCCCUGCCUUGCUCCCUUACCUCGAACAGUUUCGACGUAUUGUGCUCUGGCUAGGAGAUGACCUGAGGUCCUGGGAAGCUGCCAAGCUGUUUGCUCGAAAACUGAAUCCCAAGCGAUGCUCCUUGGUGCGGCCUGGAGACCAGCAGCCCCGUCCCCUGGAGGCCCUGAACCGAGGCUUAAAUCUUUCUCGUAUUCUGCGUACCGCCCUGCCCGCCUGGCACAAGUCGAUUGUGUCUUUCCGGCAGCUUCGGGAGGAGGUGCUAGGAGAACUGUCAAAUGUGGAACAGGCAGCUGGCAUCCGCUGGAACCGCUUCCCAGAUCUCAAUCGUCUUCUGAAGGGCCAUCGGAAGGGCGAGCUGACAGUCUUCACAGGGCCAACAGGCAGUGGGAAGACCACAUUCAUCAGUGAGUAUGCCCUGGAUUUGUGUACCCAGGGGGUAAACACCCUUUGGGGUAGCUUUGAGAUCAGCAACGUGAGACUCGCCCGGGUCAUGCUGACUCAGUUUGCCGUGGGGCGGCUAGAAGAGCAACUGGACAAAUACGAGGAGUGGGCUGACCGCUUCGAAGACCUGCCUCUCUAUUUCAUGACUUUCCACGGGCAGCAGAGCAUCAGGACUGUAAUAGACACGAUGCAACAUGCCGUAUACGUGUAUGACAUUUGUCACGUGGUCAUCGACAAUCUGCAGUUCAUGAUGGGGCAGGAGCAGCUGUCCACAGACAGGAUUGCAGCUCAAGACUACAUCGUCGGAGCCUUUCGAAAGUUUGCAACAGACAAUAGCUGCCAUGUGACACUGGUCAUUCAUCCCCGGAAAGAGGAUGAUGACAAGGAGCUGCAGACAGCGUCAAUUUUUGGCUCAGCCAAAGCAAGCCAGGAAGCGGACAACGUUCUGAUCCUACAGGACCGGAAACUGGUAACUGGUCCAGGGAAACGGUAUCUGCAGGUGUCCAAGAACCGCUUUGAUGGAGACGUAGGUGUCUUCCCACUUGAAUUCAACAAGAGCUCUCUCACCUUCUCCAUACCACCAAAGAGCAAGGCUCGGCUCAAGAAGGUCAAGGAUGACAAUGGGCUAGUGGCCAAAAAGCCCCCAUCUGGCAAAAAGGGGGCUGUGCCCCAGAACUCUGAGACUUGCUUGGAUCAGGCCCACCAGCCCUGCCAGCCAGACCCCUCCAAGCCCUCCAGGUGAAGGUAGUGCAGAGCUGGACACUGAAAUGAGCCUGGCCAGAAAGGCAGGGGCAUAGACCUUAGCCCUCUGGCAAGGCUACCUCUGUCCUGUAGGCCUAAGCUAGGGAUCUUCCUCAGUCACAGGGGCCUAACCUAGGGCAGAGUUCCAUCGUGAGAGACCUGAGAACUUCCUGUGUGCCAGGCUUCGUUCUAGGUCUUGGGAAUACAAGACAGAUGAGGUCCCUGCUUCCCUGGAACCUGUAGUCUGGCAAGGGAGACAAGAAAAAUAAUGAACAAACACAAAACAUAUUUUUAGACAGGGAAAUGAGCCAUGAAGAAAACAGUAGUGCAGUACAUACAGCCUAGUGUAGAUGAAGGUCUGAAUAGGUGUCUCUUAGCAGAGGACAUUUGAGAUGGGUUCAAAGAACUAGGAUUGAGCCAUGUGAACAUGUGGAGAAAGGGAUCCAAGCAGACAGGAAAUGAGAUACAGAGCCCCUCAGGUGGGAGUGAGCAAAUUGAGUUCAAAGCAGUGAGUUCAGGCAUGGACGGGAAUAGAGGACUUCUUGCCAAACUCCAGCCCAGGCAUCUGGAGCCAAAGGGUGACAUGGUGGGUACCAGACUCCUCUGUUGCCCAUUCUGGACCCUGCCAUGAGGUGGCACUCCAUACCAUUGGAUCCUAGGUGCUUGACCCUGUAGUAUCAGGGCCCCAAAAGUGGAAGCUGGCCAGAGAGCCCUGGAAGAAAGCUGUGAGCCCAGAGUGCCUGCCACAUGGACCACAUUACGUGUUCCGCCACCUCAGACCACUGGAGUGGGUUCAGUCAGGACUUUUUGUAGAGCCUUUUCUAGUUUUACUGAAAACAAUUUUUCCAUUGCCUUUG